AUGAUAAUUUUUAUUAUCACCAAUAUUACACAGCAUGUAGCUCCCACUGCUGAACAUAGGGCUUCCUUAGAACUCCUUCUUCUGGAAAGCAACUACAGGGACCAAGGACCAUACAAAUUCGAAGACUUUUUCUGGACUGGGUCAGGAGAUGGAGCUGACGACGAUCAGAACUGGGGCUCCGAAGAAAAUCCAUCGACUAUUUAUAAGACAAAAACUGUUGUUACUACUGUGUUCAUCGAAUCACCCAAUUCUGCAUACAAUGAGACUUCAAAACCAAAUGCCACAAAAUGUUCCAUAGACUGCGUAACAUCUCCGAACGUACCUGACGGUGACAUUAGACCUAGUCCAACGUAUUCUAAUGAUACUGAUCUAGAUGAUAGUGAAGAAGACUUUGAUGCUGACAGACAGUUCUGGUUGCUGACAGUAUUGAAAAGUGACGGCAAGGAUCCUAUGAUUGUCGAUCUCAAAAACAGUUUAGCUAAUUUGUAUAAAACUGCUUUUCAAAGACAACAAGAAAAACACUUAGGGAUAGAGAAUGCUAGAAGCAAACGUGAAAUAAAAGAAAAGCCAGUUAAAGUCUACAUACAUAGGAUAAAUACAACCGUUUCAAAUGGACAUCCAAAAACGGAGGUCUUAUAUCAUGUAUCGCUAGAUGGCAAACCAGUGUCAGCUAUUGUAGCUGCCAAUGAUAUGAAUUUAGUGUCAGAUGAAGAAGUUAGAAAUGAGCUGGGGUAUCCGUUUUUGAUAAAAGCAGAGCCAUACCUGAAACCAAGCGAACCUCAAGGUCUUUCCGGCGCCAAAAACACCUGGCUGUUCAUCGGAGUGUCUAUUGUAGCCUUUUUGGUCUUCCUUCUCAUCCUAGCGUUCAUACUAGGUUGCGCAAAGAAAAGGAAAGUAGGUAGUCCUACCAACGUAGGUAUAGAAAAUCGGCAGCAUAUUUUCGAACGAGGAGUAGGGCAAGAUAAUAAAGGGUUUACCAUAGAUAGCCAAAGAAGAGAUUCGCCCACUUACGUUAAAUAUAAUAAUGAUAAUUCAACGUUGCUGAGGAACGUAAGUACUGUGGCGAGACCAGAAAGUUCAAUUAGUUCCGUGUCUACUAGUUCAGGCAGUUUGGACAUAUCACCCUUGAUGGCGGUUAAGAAACACCGCAGAACUCCACCGAAGAAACCUCCACGGCCAAGAGCAGCCUUAAAUAGAACGGUUCCCAUCGAAGUUCGAAGAUUUCCUUCAGAACUAUUCGAUUCUGAUAGUAGCAGGAAAGAAUCGCCAGAUACGAUAUAUGGAGGAAACAUGGAUCCAGGGGUGGUUAGUCCUAAGUCGUACUUGUCGAUGCCGUCAGUAAAAUCGUUUCCAAGGGUCAGCAUUCCAGAACCACUCAAUAAAGUUCUGGAGCCGGUCAGUAUUCAUCAUUUAGAUAUUCCAGACGAUGAGUUUAGGGAAGAUGAUAAUAUGGAAAUGUAUAAACGAUUAGGCUUGGCCCGGCAUGCUAGUUUAGGAGCAGUAGAAGAUCCAGGCGUAAUUGGACCAAUUGUGUGGAAUAUGCACAAAGAAAGAAUCAGCCACGGUGUAAGCGUAGACGAAGGCAUAAAUGAUCUUAACGUUUCUACAAACCUUACCAAAAUGAGGAAAAGGUUUCACGAUCUUCUGGAUGAUACUUUUAGUCUUUUUGGUAGCAGAAAAACCAGUCCAGUCGAAAAGAAAAGACAUGAUCCCCAUUCUAGGGUUGCCCCUAGCGAAGUCAAGAGUCAUUCGGCUGUUAACAGGUCGACAGAUGAUUUAAAAGCUCCCACUCCAAAACCUCGACCCAGGACAACAGAUCUUCGAAAAGUCGACCAACCUCCCAGUGGUGCUCCCAAAGGAGCGUGGUCAAGCACAGCACCGUCCCCAUUGGUAAGACCCUUGAGCGCAGGAAUAAUCAACCCUUACCCAAGAGUAAACGUCGACCAUAUUUUGGCAGAAGGGAAGUUUAAUCCUAGCGAUCCUGCCGUUAACCUUAUAGCGACUAUUAAGUCUGAAAUUGAAAGAAUUUCACUUCCUGGUAGCACUACAGAUUUGAAUCAUUGA